UUAUUAAUUGGAGAUUGGGGGUUUUGUUUUUCUUUUCCAUCUGAAGCAAACACACACACACACACUAUUUGUCUGAUCCGACAACUACAUCUACAGAUUGUGCUCUCCGGAACAGUUUUGGAACAAGCGUGAAUGCCCGUGCCAGAAAGAGAUGGAAUUUUCUGUGAAAAAAUAUAGCUGGAGGGAAUUGGAACUCUUAACUGAUUCAUUUAGCGAAGAAAACUUUGUUGGAAACAUAAAACAUGGGAAAGUCUAUCGGGGGAAAACUGAGCAAGGUCAAGAGGUUACUGUCAAAAUUUGGUUUCGCUUUGAAUCACAAAAUAGGGAUGUUGCCAACCGUCAUGCCAAUUAUAGUCUUACAAGACUGGAGUGUGAAUGCACUUUUCUGACACAUCCGGAUGGUAUGAAUCACCCCAAUUUGGUGAAGUUGAUUGGGUAUUGCUGUGAAGUUGAAGAUCACCACUUGGGUGUUGUCUAUGAUCUUAGAUCAAAGGAUACUCUUCUCAAUCUCAUAGAAAAAGAUGAUUUAAAUUGGAACCAAAGAAUGCAGUUGGCUCUUGCGAUUGCACGUGUGCUUGAGUACCUGCAAUGUCAUAAUCCCCUUUACCAACUUCGAUUUGUUCACCCUGCUCUUAUAAUGCUUGAUCAGGAUUCCAAUCCAGUGUUUUUUGAUUUUUUCAUGCUAUCUGGUGGAAUUGUUGGUGAUAAGCAGUUUGUGUCAUCCCGAGACAAGUCACAUUUGUGUUAUCUACCCUAUAUAGAUAUCUACUUUAAUGGUUUAGGUGUCUGGUCGCCGAGAUCAGAUCAGUUUUCAUUUGCUGUUGUACUUAUAGGGCUCAUAUGUAAAUUUUCCUUUAGUGGGGAGAAUUGGAAAGAUGAAACAGAACCUCCGAUCUGGGCUUUGGAGCAAUACAAUAUGAAAUUGAAGUCUGGCUUCCAGCCAAAUGACUGUCAUCUUGUUCAUGAGAGCCUGAAGGCAGAACCUGGUUUUCAUGAUCUUGAUGGAGUAGCACUGACAAAGAUGAUAUUUCACUGUAUGAACUUUUGUUCAGUGAAACGUCCUACGAUGUCACAGAUUGUUCAGUGUUUGCAGGGUUUACAUGUUUUCAAUGGCGAUUUUGGUGUGGUGGAAGGUCUUUUACAGGGGUGGGACUCGUAUACUUAUCCAGGGAAGAAAAAAGGCUCAAAAUGGAAAGGAUGUCUUAAGAUCGCGUGUCUGGGUAUGAAGGAUGAUGAAAUAGAUCAGGGGAACAAGAAGGAUGCUCAACAAAUCAAUCACUGAUGAACUGUUUUCUUUUCUGUAGGAGUGAACCAAAUGUAAGGUUACUCUGGGCACUGGCCUGGCAUGAAAAUGCUUGAUAUAUAGUUUCCUUUCCAUUUCGUUGAUGGACUUUGUGGAGAUUGCAACUAGUAGAUGGAACUACAAUUUAAAUGUAAGGUUUAAUGCUAGCUCUAUAUUAGUGAAAUAUUUCAGAUUA